CCCCAGGCCCCAAUCCUUGUCUAAUGUCUAUCUUCAAACCAACAGCAAUGGCGCUCUCCCUCUCCAACCCCUUCCUCCACAAAAACCUCUCCCCUCCUCCACUCUCCCUCAACGCCAAGGUUAAGGCAGCGGUGGGCAGCAAUCAGAUGCGAUUGAGCUGCAGGAAGGGCGACAUACACCCCGAAUUCCACGAAGACGCCAAGGUUUACUGCAACGGCGAGCUGGUGAUGACCACCGGCGGCACCAAGAAGGAGUACGUGGUGGAUGUGUGGUCGGGCAACCACCCCUUCUACCUCGGCAGCCGCUCGCAGCUUCUCGUCGACGCCGAUCAGGUUGAGAAAUUCCGUAAGAAAUACAGUGGUCUCGAUUCGAUUAUGGAGAUUCCUGUACUCAAAGGAGAGAUUGUGCUUCCUCCUAAGAGGAAGAGUAAGCCCAAAAAGAAGUAGUUUUGCUAAAGAUUCUGUUUUUUAUGUUUUCGUGUAUUGGGAUGGAAAAUCAUGAUAUUGAUGUUUUUAUUGUAAUCACAAGUCAUUAAUUAGUUCU